CUAGCGUAACCUUCUGUCUCCCUUUUCUAACUUCACUAACAUAUAUGUGUUGGAAAAUAUGAGAUCAGUGAGAUCCAAAUAUUUCAAUUCUAUAAAUGUAUAAAAACAAUCUUUGAUCUGCAUGCUAAUUUCUUCCUUUGUAAAAGCACAAUCCUCUCUUUCUUUCUCUAGUUGUAUCAAAUCAAGAAUGACAAAUUUUGUUGAAACAUUCUACAAAGACAGAAAGUUUCCAUUCAUUUUCACCCUCUUUGCCUUGCUUAUUUGUGUCACAAUCAUCCUCUUUGCCAACACCACCAUCAACUUCACCGCCUCUAAUCCAAUUGCCUUCUACCCCGACAACGUAAAAGUGCAGCAACCAUUCAAUCACCAUGAUCCUCCAGCACUCACAGAUUCAAAAGAUCAUCAAGAACAACCACUAGACCACGAUGCGCCUCCAGUACUCACAGAUUCAAAAGAUCAUCAAGAAGAACCACUACACCACGAUGCGCCUCCAGUACUUACAGAUUCAAAAGAUCGUCAAGAACAACUUCCACCAAAUCAACAUGAAGGAGGACUGCUCCAUUGGGAAAAGGCUUUUGAUAAUAACGUUUCUGUUGAUCUGAAUAUGGUGGAUUGGAAGCUUUGUAAAGGUGUUUUAGCGGUAGAUUAUAUACCAUGCUUGGAUAAUCUUAAGGCUAUUAAGGCUUUGAAAAGAAGGAGGCACAUGGAGCAUAGGGAAAGACAUUGUCCUAAAUCUACUCCUCAUUGUUUGUUGCCUCUUCCCAAAGGGUAUAAAGUUCCGGUUUCAUGGCCUAAGAGCAGGGACAUGAUUUGGUAUGAUAAUGUACCUCAUCCAAAGCUUGUUGAAUACAAGAAGGAGCAAAAUUGGGUGGUGAAAUCAGGUGAAUAUCUUGUAUUUCCCGGAGGUGGUACUCAAUUCAAAGAAGGAGUUAACCAUUAUAUUAAUUUCAUAGAGAAGACACUACCAGCAAUUCAAUGGGGAAAGAAUAUCAGGGUUGUGCUUGAUGCUGGUUGUGGAGUGGCUAGCUUUGGAGGGUAUCUUUUGGACAGGAAUGUUAUUACUAUGUCAUUUGCACCAAAGGAUGAGCAUGAAGCUCAGAUACAAUUUGCUUUGGAGCGAGGAAUUCCAGCAACUCUUUCUGUCAUUGGAACACAAAAGCUGACAUUUCCUGAUAAUGGAUUUGAUUUGAUCCAUUGUGCACGAUGUAGGGUGCAUUGGGAUGCUGAUGGUGGUAAGCCAUUAUUCGAACUCAAUAGGAUUCUUAGGCCUGGUGGUUUCUUUGCAUGGUCAGCUACACCAGUUUAUCGCGAUGAUGAAAGAGAUCAGAAAGUAUGGAAUGCCAUGGUGACUGUAACAAAAGAAAUGUGUUGGACUGUUGUGGCUAAGACUCUUGAUUCAUCCGGAAUUGGACUUGUUAUAUACCAGAAGCCUACGUCAUCCUCCUGCUAUGAGAAACGCAAACAGAACAAACCUCCUAUAUGUAAAAACAAUGAAAGCAAACAAAUCUCAUGGUAUACCAAACUGAGCAGCUGCCUUAUUCCUCUUCCGGUGGAUGCCGCGGCGAGCUGGCCCAUGUCUUGGCCUAAUAGGCUUACCAGUAUACCUCCUAGCCUAUCUUCUGAACCAGAUGCCAGCGACGUGUUCAACAAUGAUACUAAACAUUGGUCUAGAAUAGUUUCAGACAUUUAUCUGGAAGCUCCUGUAAAUUGGUCAAGUGUUCGAAAUAUAAUGGACAUGAAUGCCGGUUUUGGAGGAUUUGCUGCAGCUCUUAUCGAUCGACCAUUGUGGGUGAUGAAUGUAGUACCAAUUGAUAUGCCAGAUACUCUUUCUGUCAUAUUUGACAGGGGAUUAAUAGGAAUUUAUCAUGAUUGGUGUGAAUCUUUGAGUACUUAUCCUCGGACAUAUGAUCUUGUUCAUUCAAGCUUUCUCUUCAAAAGCUUUAACCAAAGAUGUGACAUUGUAGAUGUGGUUGUGGAAAUAGAUCGCAUAUUGAGACCAGAUGGGUAUCUCUUGGUUCAGGAUUCAAUGGAAGCAAUUAGAAAGUUGGGUGCAAUAUUGAAUUCACUUCAUUGGUCUGUGACAUCUUAUCAAAAUCAAUUUCUUGUUGGUAGGAAGAGCUUCUGGCGUCCAAAGCCAUAGAAUCUGAACCAUGAAUAGGAUUGAUUGCUUGUCAUAUUAUUUGAUAAAAAAAAAAAUGUAGGGUUACUCAUUUAUUAUUUUAAUUUAUCCUGAUAUUUUUUUUUGGUUACAUUUAAUUUAUCCUAAUAUUGUGGCAACAUGAUGGCUCUCUGAA